AUGGCCGACACAGAGACGUACGCGAAUGUCACGUACAAACAAGAGAAUGGGACUCUCACACUGAAUGACAAGGUAUUCCAUUACCAAGCCGACGCUCCCAGCAAGACAUCGGUGAAAUGCAGUUGGGCCCGAGUGGAAAAGCGACAAUUGUCUCCCGCUUCCAGCAAACAACACAUGAUCAAAAUGUUGUUGGUAUCGGGCAAAACGGCCGUCUUUACCGUCAAGAAUCGACAAAUGCUCGAAGAUUUGCGCACAUCCUGUCAAGCUCAUAUGGAAGCGGCCAAAGCCGCCAAAGCUAUUGAAGAUCCCAAAAAGUCGAUUCGACAAAGUCAACGCGAUACUGAAGCGGCCAUGGACUCGCAACGACAUUCCAGUGUCACGUCGUGGCGUGAUGAACCCGUCAAUAACAAGAACGACAAGCGAGACGAUGAUCGCGAUCGCGAUCGUUUUUGUGCCGGCUGCUGUGCUGGAACGACGUUUUGCCUCAUUUUGAUUUGUAUCAUUUGUCUCUUGCUGGCCGUCACGUGCUUUUUGAUCUAUUGGUUUGUCUUGAAAGAUACCGAUGCGGUUCAAAAUGUACUCAAAGAAACCGGUAUUAAAGACAAAGAUCGCAGUCGACCUCCGGAUGUCGGAGAAGAAUCCCGUUAUGGCAUUCGUGCCGUUCAUCAUGAGUGGGAUUCCGAUGAAGUGUCCCUCCAAUAUGAAUUGUCCGACUAUAUUAUGGACGAUUCCGUCAAAUUCAUUUUAUAUGACGGACUCGAUUGUCGUCUUUCCGAUAAGGAUAUUACCCGGGACAAUCAAUGGCUCUUUAUUUUCCUCAAUAAUCCCGUGGGAGAUGGCGGCGCCAAACUCUACAAUGAAGGACGCGGCACUCGCGAUUUUGAAGUGCAUUUUACACUCAACAAGGGACAAAUCACCGAUGCACCCUUUUUCACACCCAAUGGAUUGGAUGCCGGACGAUUGUCCUUUUGUGUUGGACUUUCCGUGUCCUACAAUAAAGUGGAUUAUUGGGAGUAUACUGAAGAAGUCAACUUCGUCGAGAGAGCUGUUCAAAUGGAUAUCGACUUGUCCGAUUUUAGAAGAAUUGAUGAUUUCAUCAUACGAACCAUUGUUCGACCGAAAUACUAUAGGAGGGAAUUAUCAUCGGGCAGUAUUGCUUUGCGUGGUUCCACAGAGCCGAUCGAUUUCUUGGAGUGGCAAGAAGAAGAAGAAACACAGCAAUAA